GUUCCUCCCCACAGAACAGAGGCCCCAUCGCCCCAGCACACACAUUUGCAGAGAGCAGGAUCCUCAGGCCUCCACCAUGUGGGACCCUGCCUCCAGACCCUGCCCUUCUCCUCACCUGCUGCUGGCUCUGCUGUUGGGACUCACAGGUGUAGCUGGUGAGGCGAGGCUGCAGGUGAUCCAGCCUGACAAGUCAGUGUCUGUCGCAGCUGGACAGACAGCCACUCUGCGCUGCACCAUGACCUCCUUGAGCCCCAUAGGGCCGACUCAGUGGUUCAGGGGGACAGGGCCAGGACGGGAGUUAAUCUUCAGUUUCAAAGGAGGCCACUUCCCCCGAGUAACAAAUGCUUCAGACCCCACAAGGAGAAACAACACGGACUUUUCCAUCCGCAUCAGUAACAUCACCCCAGCAGACACAGGAACCUACUACUGUGUGAAGUUCCAGAAAGGGACCCCUGAUGAUGAGGAGUUUAAGUCUGGACCAGGCACCCAGGUCACUGUGAGUGCCAAACCCUCUCCCCCCGUGGUGUCGGGCCCCACGGCCAGGGCCUCUCCAGGGCAGACAGUGAACUUCACCUGCAAGUCCCACGGCUUCUCCCCCAGAAACAUCACCCUGAGAUGGUUCAGAAAUGGGAAUGAGCUGGCAGCCUCCCAGACCAGCGUGGACCCAGAGGGAAACAGAACGUCGUACAGCAUCUCCAGCACAACCAGGCUGGUGCUGGCCCCGAUGGAUGUUCGCUCCCAGGUCAUCUGUGAGGUGACCCACGUGACCCUGCAGGGGGGCCCUCCUCUUCGUGGGACUGCCAACCUGUCUGAGGUCCUCCGAGUUCCGCCCACCUUGGAGGUUUCCCAGCAGCCCUUGUCAGGCGACCAGGUGAAGAUCACUUGCCAAGUGAAGAAGUUCUACCCCCAGCAACUCCAGCUGACCUGGUUGGAGAAUGGCAAUGUGUCCCGAACAGAAAAGGCCUCAAGGGCCUCGAACCUCGUAGAGAACAAGGAUGGGACCUUUAACUGGACGAGCUGGUUCCUGGUGAACUCAUCUGCCCACAGGGAAGAUGUGGUGUUCACCUGCCUGGUGCAGCACGACGGGCAGCCCAAGGACACCAGAAACCAUACCCUUGUGGCCUCUGCCCACCAGAAGGACCAGGAAACCCAUAAUACCCAGGAGUCAAAGACAUCUACUCCAUUCUUGAUGGCUAUCACCCUGGGCCCAAAGCUGUUGCUGCUCAUCACUGUCUCUGCCAUCUAUGUCCACAGGAAGCGAGCACCCGAUUGUGUCCCAGGAGGAAAAUAGCACCAAGGACAUAAGAGAUACGUUGGGAAUAUUUCUUGAAUGUUGUGCCCAUAAACAACUGUGAACAUGGGUCCCACAGCUCCUCCCUUCCUCUCCUACUACAUGUCACCCUCAGUUUCUGCUCCUUUAGUCCUUGAGGG